AUGCCGCCGAACUCUCUCGCGGAGUGCACGGCUGCAUCUUACAAGCUCAUUGCCAAUCUGCUGGCGCGCGGCAGGAAGUCGUUGGCGGGUCCUAACACCACCACCUUUCUCCAAGAUCUUGAGCGGUCGCUUCCGAACCACUAUUGGGACCUGAAAACCGAUCACGUAUCAGUGCUUCUCUUCGCGGCAACGCGGUCAUCUUCAAGGGCCGUGCCUACAAUACGGUCGCUGUGCUCCAGGUUGUCUACCAUCUGCGACAAUUCGGAGAGAAAUGAGCUUGAUCGGGAUUUUUCGAUACCUUUAGCGUCGCCAACGCUGGAUCUGGAAAAUUUAGUGGUCGUUGCGUCCUGCAUCAACCGAUUCGCACGCCGAGAGUUUGACGAUGCACAGUUGAGAACAAUGGUCAAGACGUUGCAGCCUGCAUUGAUGCACUGGAUCGACGACGGCAACAAAUGUGUGUCGGCUACCACAGGACCAUUGCUGGAGCGGCUACCACCUGAACACUACGCAAAAUUGUGCACCGGAUUCAUUUGCGUAGGUAGAAUCCUACACCGCCUCACAAGCAGCGAAUCAAACACAGAUGACGGAGGCGUUUUGCAAAAACUCUGCGAAUCGCACGCGCAUCUGUUAGAGAGGGUUCUCAAAUUUUGUGCUGAUGAGUUAACAGCGUACAAAGCACAAUCGCCCGCACAAAUGCGCGACCCACCUAUCGAGGAGACAUAUGAGCCAUACAUCGGAUGCAGCCUCGCCGUCAUAGAAGAACUAAUAGCUUUCGGUUACCCGGUGGGCGACGUCAAGGUCGCUUACUGGAAGGUUUUGGGUGAACUUGAUAUCCGCUGUAUCAGGAAUGCAGAGACUUUGGUUCGAACGUUCUGCAUGCUGGGCCCAGCAAAGAUGACGUGCGAAGCCGGAAGUAUCACUGCAAAGAAGCUUUUGGACGUAAUUGCUACCCAUGACCUAGGUGAUCUAAGCAACGAGCAACUUUAUCGCACAGUGGUCACUUGCAGCGAUUUGGAGUGGCAACAUCGGGGUGUUCUAGACGCAAUUGGUGAUGCAUUUCUGCAGCGUUCGCACCAGCUUCCUGACUUGACAAAGGUGGUGGAUAUGCUCCAGCGAUUUAGGACGCUUUCGUAUCACAACGCAGCGCUUCUGGAGAUGUUGGUGCGGCACGUGCACAACAAGGGCACAGCCACUCCUUCGCAAAUUCAUUGCGUGGUGGAAUCAUGUGUGAGUUUUCGAAAGCAUAGGUAUAAUGUGCCACAGAGAGCGCUUCAUUUCAACCACCCUACGCUAGAAUCAUUUGUACAACAGGCAAACUUGUAA